GAUGACAUCUAUAAAAGAUACCAUCAAUAAAGGAUGACAAACUUUCAAGUUUGCGAUGUAUCUCCAUAAAAUUGUCAAACAAACAAAAUAGGAGUGAUAAAGGUCGUAAAUAUGUUUCAUACACACGAAAAUGUAGCUAUACUGUCUACAGCCUUUAAAGAUUGUAUUAUUUAACCAUUCAAAACAUUUACUGCUCAAAUGAUCCGUGUGAAAUUUUGCUGAUAACAUUUAUGUCAUUUUAUAUGGUACUGAGUGUAAACUUCAGAGUGUAAACAUGAAUUAAAGCCAUUGGGAAGUUCGGGUAGUUCAGCGGUGACUGUCUUUUAACGUGAACAGUGUGCUUUUAGUGGGGCUUAAAACUUUCUUGAGCAUUUAACAGGAUAUAAAAAAAUGAGUUAUGAUAAACUGAUAGUUAUAGUUUGUGCAAUUACAAUAAACAUAAUUGACUGUAAAAGGAAUAUUUAUCUAUGUGGGCCGAUGCAUAAAUGUGCAUGUGAAAACAACACUAACACCGGAAUGACAAUGGACUGUGAGGGAAGGGGUGACCUGAGGCUGUCAGAGAUGUGUUUUGACAUUUCCAGCAAGGGAUAUGCAUCCGUGGUUCUAAGGGCUGGCAGAAACAAUUUAGGAAACUUGAAAGCUUUGGAUCUAAAAGGAUGUGAAAAACUAACCGAAUUAUACUUAAAUUUUAACCAAAUAUCUACCAUUGAACAAGACACGUUCCAUAAUUUCUAUCAAUUAUUCACAUUAGAUAUAUCCCGAAAUCUGUUACCGGUGUACAGCGGAAACUGGAAUGCAUCUUUUCUACCGAACACUUUGAAGACGCUCAAGCUUCAUGGAUGUCAAAACAUAUUUUUACUUAAUGUUUCAUUGCCUGACUUUGUUGAUCAGAAGAACUUAAGCAGUCUCACAAUGGAUGGGUAUUCAAAUGUUUCGUUCAACUUUUCAAAAAUAACACACGUGUCUUUUUCGGGAUUGAACUUCCAAUCUUACUGUAAUCUCUCACGAAUAGACAACAACACAUUCUCGCAUUUGAGAUCGCUCCAAGUUCUCAACAUAUCCGCGUGUGGAAUCAUAAGCAUCACAGCAAGAGCAUUCGAGCAUCUUCACAGUCUUGAGGUACUAGACCUUUCUUACACCCGACAGCUGGGGAUGAAGGCAUUCGCGAACAUAACGUAUGGCUUGCAGUUUUCGAGUAUCAGCUUCUUGAACGAAUCCUUUGUUUUAAACACAUUUGGAAUAGGCAUCAAAGUUACUGUGUCCGAUCUGUGCUACUUCUGGAACACAACGGUUAAAGAUUUAGACAUAUCGGGAAAUAGAAUCGAGAUAAUUGAAACAAAUGCUCUUAUACUUGUUCCGCAAUCGUUGAAAACAAUACGUAUGGAUCUAAAUAAAUUCACGUUUGGACCAUAUUUACUGCAACUCGGUUGCAUGAAAAACGUUCAGACAAUGGUUGGUUCAUUUUUAAAUAACGCAUUCAAUCCAAUUAUAUAUACCGCUGAGCAGAUUAAGGAUUUUCAUACGCACACAACUGACAUAGGAGAAAUCUCGUGUCCUUAUUGCAAUGGCUCGUUUUUAAAGGAAAUGGCAAACUCUUCCAAAGAAUGUCUCUACUUUGAACCUGAUUUUCAGAACGUGUAUAUUGACCCACAGAUUCCCGUUAGUCUUGAAAACUUAAUUUUCAAUGACUGCAAUUUUAUUUAUGAUUUAGACAUAGAAUUUGAUUUUAAUCCGACUGAUAAUUCAAUCCGGUUUAUGGAUUUUUCGGGAAAUGUGCUUCAGUCGUUUACUGGAUCUUAUCGUCAUCUUCCCAGAAUAGAAAUUUUGAAUAUGUCCCGAUGUUCUAUCAGAACAAUCGGUGUAUAUUCUUUAAAUUACACAACAUUGAAAGUUUUAAGACUCUCCCAUAAUGAAUUAGGAUCCCAAUUGGCGGAUCCAAAUCGAUCAAAUAUCUUUGGUAUGCUGCCAUCCCUUCAGGACUUGGAUCUCUCGACUAAUGGGAUUACAAUAUUAUUUACUUCGACCUUCGAAGCAUUAGUUAAUUUGGUACAUUUAGACUUGAGCAACAACGAUAUUGAACUUUUUGAAAUAAAAAUUAACAUGUUAUAUAAUUUAUUGUCAUUGAAUGUGUCUGUUAACUCGAUACAUACGCUUUCUACUGACAUACAGCACCAGCUUGAAUCCAAUGAAAAAAUGAACACUACGUUUUUAUUGGACUUACAAAAUAAUUCAUUAACAUAUGACUGCAAUAAUCAAGAAUUCCUAAAUUGGUUGUUGAAACGCAAACAUAAUAUGUUCGGAUUCGAAAACUACAAAUUCGUUACAUCUGACAAUAAAGUUUUGAAUGCCAAAGAGUUUUGCGACGACAUUGGAAACCUUGCCUCAAGGUGUAAAUCAUACACGGCUGUCAUUGUAAUAUGUUGCAUAGCCUUGGCGACAUUCAUUUCACUAGUUACUGGAGGAGUAAUAUACAAAAAUCGAUGGGAACUUCGUUACAUUAUGUACAUGUCAAAGAAGAGAUACUUUGGAUAUAGAAGGCUACCGGAUUAUACUGUCAUUGAGAACUAUAAAUAUGAUGCAUGUAUUUCCUACUCUGAAGACAAUAUACGUUUCAUUCGAGACGAGUUCCUACCACGAGUGGAGACAGAACACGUGUCACUUUGCAUUCACCAGCGGGACUUUCUUGCUGGUAACGCCAUCUCAGACAACAUCAUACAAGCUAUCGAUAGCAGCAGAAAAACGGUAGUUAUAUUGUCGAAUUCGUUUCUGAAGAGCAAGUGGUGCAUGUACGAGUUCAACAUGGCGCGAAUGGAGAGCAUAUAUUCUAGAGAGGAUGACGUUUCUCUUGUUAUAGUUAUGCUUGAACAAAUGUCUCAUAGCGCCAUGCCGUUGGAAAUGGUUCGUUGGAUACAGGACAAUAAUUUCAUAGAAUACACAGCGGACCAAGAGGGCAACGUACUUUUUUGGGACAAACUUAAUAGUGUUAUAAGAUCAAUUUAAAAAUUACUUUUGGUUUUCUUAUUUAAAAAUUGAAACAAGGUCUUAAUCUGGUUAAAGUAAUAUAUCCACAUCUAAACAUGUUUAAUUUGUAAGGUGCCGAUAGUCGCUUGUACGCGUAAAUGUUUCUGUAAACAUUUUUAGAAUCAUUUUAAACAUUUUUAACUGUUUUUAUUGAUUGAACAUAUAUAUAAAUAACUGUGUUAUUGUUAAUGUUAUCGCUGUUAAAUGUAAUAUGCAAAUGCUUUUAUAAACAUGUAUUUAAGUUAUAAACACAAUCAAGGAACGAUUCAUGUUGCAAGUUGUUAUGACGGGACCAUCAAAUCAUCAUUUACCUCACUGUAUUGCUAUCUGAUCAUGUCAAUUUCGGAUAUGAACGGGAAUUUAAGUUAAUAUAUUAUUAAUAUAAAUGACCAUUUUUGCGAGUACAUGACUAAGUCUUCCGUAAAUAUUACAUAAGUAAUUUCAGAUCCAUUACAUGUUGCUAACAUAUUAGUGUGUAUAUAUUUCAAUUGUAUUGUCAAUAAUGACAUGUGUAUGUGUACAACAGUUAAUGCAAAUAAAGAUGGUUGCAACUCCAUACUUUUAAGUCUACACUUUUAAAAGUAGAGUGUUUAUUGUAUUUGUGUAAAUCACAAAUUCCAAACAAUAUUUCUAAUCAAAUAAACAGAUAAGAUGUUAGUCGGAUUUGCCGCUACUUAACAUUUUAAAAUGACAUAAAAAUACAUUUUGUUUUAUUGCGCCAGCUUGGUCCAAUGUGUUCUUCACCCAAUUGUAUUUAUCCACUAGUUUCUUUUAAUCAGCCUUUAGCAUUUUUUCAGAUUUAGUACGCUGUUUUGCUUCUAACUAUGAACUAUUGCCAAAAAAUUAAAUGUAUGAACUUACACUUAUAUGUAUCAUGAAUAUUGCUGGACCAAGUGUGAGGUUGAGCGCUCUUAAGCCGGUUUAAACCCCCAAUGCGUUAUUCUACUAUGUGUGUAUGUUGUUUCGUAUUGUGCUGUUUCGUACUAUUUUGAUAAUUGGCUACUUGCCUUAAAUAAAGGACCACACAAUUGUGUAUAAUAAGAAUGCAAUGCU